ACUCUCAAGACUCGGAAGCUGAGGGGGCGGGACCCGGCCUGAGAUUGGCUGUUGUCGGCCGACCCCCCUCACUGCAGUCCAUUCGCGCUCGCCGGUAGGCGCCUGCGCAAUGGGCCGGCAGUGGGGGGCGGGAAGCGCCUCGGGGCAGUGGAGCCCAUGUCGGCCUUGAGGCGCUCGGGCUACGGCCCCAGUGACGGUCCGUCUUAUGGCCGCUACUACGGGCCUGGGGGAGAUGUGCCCGUGCACCCACCUCCGCCCAUAUAUCCCCCCCGCCCCGAACCUCCCCAGCCUCCCAUUUCCUGGCGGGUGCGCGGAGGCGGCCCGACUGAGACCACCUGGCCGGGAGAAGGCGGAGGAGGCGAUGGCUACUAUUCCUCUGGAGGCGCCUGGUCCGAGCCGGGUCGAGCUGGAGGAAGCCACCAGGAGCAGCCACCAUAUCCUGGCUACAAUUCUAACUAUUGGAAUUCUGCGCGACCUCGGGCUCCUUACCCAAGUACAUAUUCUGUAAGACCAGAAAUGCAAGGCCAGAAUUUGAAUUCUUAUACAAACGGAGCAUAUGGCCCGCCAUACCCCCCUGGCCCCGGGACAAAUACCGCCUCGUACUCUGGGGCUUAUUACACACCUGGGUAUGCUCAGACCAGUUACUCCACAGAGGUUCCAAGCACUUACCGUUCACCUGGCAACAGCCCAGCCCCAGUCUCUCGUUGGAUGUACCCCCAGCAGGACUGCCAGACUGAAGCACCCCCUCUUAGGGGGCAGGUUCCCGGAUAUCCUGCUUCACAGAACCCUGGAAUGAGCAUUCCCCAUUAUCCUUAUGGGGAUGGUAACCGUAGUGUUCCACAACCAGGACCGACUGUACGACCUCAGGAGGACUCAUGGGCUCCUCCCGGUACUUACGGAAUGGGCACCCGUUACCCCUGGCCUUCAGCUGCGCCCUCAGCACCACCUGGGAACCUCUACCUGAGCGAGAGCACUUCAUCAUGGCCCAGCAGUGGCUCUCCUCAGCCCCCUCCAUCCCCACCACCCCCGCUGCCCAAGGACUCCUCGUAUCCCUAUAGCCAAUCAGAUCAAGGCAUGAACCGGCACAGCUUUCCUUGCGGGGUCCAUCAGUACGAGUCCUCAGGAACAGCGAACAGUGAUAACUCAGAACUCCUGGAUUCCCAGGUUCAGUACAGCGCUGCGCCUCAGCUGUAUGGUAGCGCCUCCAGCGAACAUCCCAGCAGUCAAGAUCAAAGCAAUAAUCUUCCUGAAGAGUGUUUAUCUUCAGAUGAGGGGACUCCCCCAAGUAUUAAAAAAAUCAUACACGUGCUGGAGAAGGUCCAGUAUCUUGAGCAAGAAGUGGAAGAGUUCGUAGGAAAAAAGACAGACAAAGCAUACUGGCUUCUGGAAGAAAUGCUAACCAAGGAACUUUUGGAACUGGAUUCAGUUGAAACUGGGGGCCAGGACUCUGUCCGGCAGGCCAGGAAAGAGGCUGUUUGCAAAAUCCAGGCCAUACUGGAAAAAUUGGAAAAAAAGGGAUUAUGAAAGGAUUUAGAACAAAGGGGAAGCCUGUUACUAACUUGACCAAAGAACUCUUGAUUUUGGUUAAUUACCCUCUUACUGAAAUGCCUGUUGACGACAAGAAGCAAUACAUUCCAACUUCCCUUUGAUUUAAAACUUGAAAAACUGGUAAAGGACUUGGAAGAACAUUUUGGUUAUGAGUUGUUUAGAGUUUUCAGACCAAUGAAUGUAAUAGGAAGCUAUGGAGUUACUGAUUUUGUCAGGUAGGCGUACCCUUUAGAAAUGUAUGUGUGUCAGCAAGCUGCUUCUUACCAGCAGGAGGGAAAUACACUUUAUGUAACAGGCUUACCAGAAACCUACCAGAUAAGACUGGAUAUUAUCUGAGACUAACAGGCUGUUUUUUUAAACAUCUGGAUUACUCUGUCGCAUUUUUGUACGUUGUGACUGCUUUCAACGUGUACUUCAUGUGUAAAUUAUAGCUUGGACUCCAGCCUUCUUGGACCUCUGUUUUGUUUUGUUAUUUGCAGUUCAGAAGUAUAGUAUUAUUCUCUACUUCUUGGUACAUUUUGUAGUAAUAUGUGAAUAUAAUUAUUCAAGAAACUAUAUUGACAGUAGGCAAUUCUGGAUGAAUUUAUAUCUUUUCACCACUUGAAUAUAAUGCAGUGUGUAGUGAGUUCCCAAGGAAGAUUGUCUCCUUUUUGGUACAGAUCGUUAGGUUAGAGUUUUACCACGUCUACUUUUUAUGUGAAUAUUGGAAGGUUAAUUUGGAAAAGGCAUGGGCACAGGAAUGAAAAUGUGGCCAUUUUCUUUUUUGCUUCUUAAAUUGUAUUUGGGUAAAGAUUCAUUUAACCUCCCCCCUCCCCCAAUUAUCUUUUCAUUACUGCUGCUUCCAUACUGAGCAACAUGAUAAACACAGAUGAAAAAUAAAAUGCCACAGUGAGUAGAAAUCAUAACCACAAAAGUAAUAAACAUGACCAUUUGGGAAUGCUGUUCCUCCAUCUGAAAUAUUAGCUUCACCAUCAGGACUCCUAUGAGCAGAUUUCAGCUCAGUUUAUAGCAGAAACAGUGAGGGAGGAAGAGGAUUCAUGCUCAGGGAAUGAAUCAGCCAUAGCUAGAUGGGAAAUUAUUGUGUUCUGUUAAAGGAAGAUUUUUUAAUCUUUAUUUCUCUAGAAUAAGUUGCAUGGACAGUAUUGCUUGUUUUAUAAAAAAGAUGUUUACCACCACUAGUAAUAGUCACUUUAGAGCCAGACUGAAGGAAGGAUAUUGAAAGGGUCUUAGCUGGAUUUGCGUGGGCAGCCCUGUGCUAUCACAUAGAAGAGAGGUACAUAACGUUUUACAUCUGAAGUGAGUCCCAGUAUACAGUAUCUGUUAUUGGAAAAGCCACCAUUUCUUAAUAAGAUAUCCAAAUGAUCAUUUUCUUUCUUGACUGCCAAGCCUAUUAAUAAGAUAAUAAAUCUAUCAGCCAUCUCCUCUCCUCACCAAUGCAAACAUAUUAUGUGAUAAGAAGAAAUAGAGUAUGAAUAUUGGCCGGGUCUUUUGUGUUGGUAUGAGUGAUUUUAUGAGAUAAUACGGUGACAAUUUUAUUCUAGGAUUUUUAGUUUUUGGCCUACUAUAGGAAUGUUAAAAAAAAGGCUUUUCUAUGAAAAUUUCAAAGUUUAUCUGAAAAUUUAGAAGGGGAAGAAUCUCAGAGCUAAGUUAAUAUAAAACUAGUGAGACAGUGAGAUAAUUCAGGAGAGAACGCUACUCUUUAACUGAGUGCCCAAGGUACCAAUUUCCCUGAAGUCUUGAUUUAUAUAAAGUCGUACAUUAUACACAUAUAUACAUAUACGUGUGUGAAUGUUAACAGUUUUUUUUAAACUUUGAGGUAAUUUUAGACCUGAAGAGUUGUAAAAACAGCUUCUGUAUACUCUCACCGUCUCCUUUUGUUACCGUCUUACAUAACUAUAGAACAUUUGUCAAAUUAAGAAAUUAGCUUCGAUAUAAUACCAUUAGCUAAAGUAGAGAAUUUUGAAAGUAGAGAUUUUCUUAGUCUUUUCAGUAAUGUCCUUUCACUGUUUCAGGAUCCAAUUCAGGAUCCUGCCUUGGAUUUAGCUGCCAUGUCAUCAUAGUGGCCUCCAAUCUGUGACAGUUUAGCAUGACACCUGAUGCGGUAAUGUACUUCUGGUGUUGUUAACCUUAACCGCCGCUAGGAUUCCCUGCUGUAAACUUACUGUGUUUCACUUUGUAGUGACUAAAUAUUCGCUGGAGAUGUUUGAGCUAUGCAGAUGUCUUGUUUCUGCUGAAACCUUGCCUCACUCAUUUUCACAUCCACUGGCAGACCUUGCUCAUGGCAGCUACGGCUGUGGUGUUCCAGCGGUGACUUCCUGUUUCUCUCAUUCCCUCUACCUUCAUUAACUGGAAUUCUUCUGUAAGGAAAGGCUAUUGCUUCUGGAUUUACAUUUUUUAAUUAUAAUAAGAUAUUCAGGAUAAGCACAAACUUAGAGUUGCAAACCAUGAUAGAAUGAUUCCAAAUGCCAAUAUCAAAGAAAGGAAAAUUCAAUGGGGAACCUGUUCCAGAAAAUAUAGUGAACUUCAGAAGGAAAAUAGUACUUAUGUUUUGUGGAUUUGGUUUUUUUUGACUUAGUAUUGACUCCAGGCUAAAUUCAAAUUUUUCUUGGUAUUUCACAUCUGGACUUUAAAAAGUGUCUAAAUUUAUAUCACUUGGGGGAUAAUUUUUGUCAAAAUCUUGAGUGAAGUUAUCCAGACCUAGCAUGUUAAACACAGCUGUCUUCUUUAUAAUAAGCCACUAUUAUUCCAAACAUAAAUGCCAGUACAAAUAGACAAAUAGACCCUAAUGAAGUAUUCGUGGGGUGAGCUAUGCUGGUCUCCACAUGGUUGGUGGGGAAUUCUUUUAAAUGCUUUGACGAAUAGGGUUCUGAAAAUAGGUUUUUAGUUGGUUAAUGUAAUACUGUUAAAGAUAGGCAGAUUUUUUUUUUAAGUUGAAGAAUGUAUUAAAUUGACAUAAAAAAGGUUUUUUGGAGGAUGGAUAGUUGAGACUGGAGUUUUUCAUCUUUUUUCUUUUUAAGAAAGUUAUGAAUUUAAAGACUCAAUUUUAUGGAAGUUAGGUGUUUAGGGGAAAGUCAAUUCUGCACAAAGGAGCAUUCAUGCUUCUGUUCCCACUCCCAUUUUUCCUUCUACAAAAGUAACCAUCAUCAAUUGUUUUUUAGAAAAAUUAUCUCCAUAUUUUUUAAUAGCACAAUUGUAUUGCUUCUUCUUGGUUUAUCAAUUUUAGGGGAUUUCUACUGAUUUUCUAUUACAGAGGAUGAAGGUUAGGUCUCUUUCUUGGUCUCUACCUUACACACAUCUCAGUCCCCAUCCCUCCAACUUCUCAGUCCAGUUACACAGUAAUUCUGUUGUACUUUCUUAUGACUGUGUAGACGCUAACCAGAGCUCAGUCAUGUAGUAAACUGUGGUUGCUUUUCCUCCUCUGAACAACCCCUUGUUUUCCCUGGAAGAAUCAUUUGUCUGAUUUGUUUUGUUUGCUUAUGUACUUAUGACUAAUUUGACCUCAAAUCCUCUAUCAUUUGUCUAAGUCUUCUCUUAAGAUGCCCAGACAUAUUUGAUCAACUUCAGACUCUUGAAGAAGUCUAUCCCGGAGUCUUCUGACUGGAGAGGAGCGCCCUUUCAUUCUGGAGCCUUCUGCUCAUCCUGGGGGUCCUCUCCACCUCUUCUGUUAAUUUCCUUUUUUCUGUAGCCUGCGUCUUUCUCUUUCUUAGUUUAUUCCCUCAUUUUGGUAGCGUGUUUUCUCCAGCAACUCCCUGAAAAAGGGUGCAUAGGAAAUAAUUUUUUUACAUCCUGGAUAUUGGAAAAUGUGUUUUCAUGAUCCUUUGUCUAAAACUUGGCUUUUCUCUUUAGGAGCCUUUAAGAUAUUUUUUGUCCCCUCUGUUCUGAAAUUUCCCAACAGUCUAGUGUUGGUGUGGGUCUGUUUUUGUCCAUUUUGCUUGGCACAUUUCAUUCUGGAACCUCCUGCUCUUACGUCCUAUAACAGCUUCUUGUUCCUUGUUCGUUUCCCGCUCUGCUGCCCUAAUAAUCUCUAUGACAUCUUGGGAUUGCUGCUGUUUCUGUUAACAGAACCCUUAGACUGAUCAACUUAAUCUUUUCUCUUUUUAUUUUUUGCCUUUUUGCCCUACUUUGUGGGAGAUUUACUCACUUUAUCUUCCACCUCUUUUUGAGUUUUACAUUUCUUCUGUUAUAUUUUUAAUUUCUGUUUAAUUUUUAAUUUUUUGCUCUCUGUGUUCUCUAUGGAAUUCUGCUCUUGCUUGUGAUUGUAGCAUUUUAUAUCUCUGAGGAUAGUAAUAAUUUCUUGGUAUUUUCUUCCUGCACAAUGCAUUUUCUCUGAAGUUGCUUUUUUUCUUUCUUGUUUGAUCUCCAUCUUUAUCAUGUUAGAGAUAUUUUUCAGAUAUCUAUUAGUUCUUGGUUGUGUUUUUUUUUUUUUUUACAGUGUUACUGUACUGGAGACCCAAAGUUGUUUCUAGAAAAUGCUUCCUGACUAUUCUGUUUAAUUUUCUUUUUUAUCAUAAUCUGUCUUGAAGGAGAUACUAUUUUAAGUCUGGGAUUGGGAAGGGAGGGUUAUCUGGGUACUUUUCACUCCUUUGUGAAAACUGCGUGGCUUUUCUCACCAGGACUGGUGGGCAGUAGCACAUUUGUUGUAAUAAAAAGUGAGGCAGAGGAGAGGCCAGCUGCUGAGAGGGAGGAUUUAGGGGUUUCUGAGAUCAGGGCAUAUUUUCUCUUAGCCAACCCUUAAAUGUUCUUUUAUUUUGCAAAUCAUAACUUUAUCUUGGUAAGUAAAUGCCAAGAGCAGUAUUGCCAGGUAAAAUACAGGACUCUCAGUUACAUUGGAAUUUCAGAGAAACAACAAAUCAUCUUUUAGUACCAGUGUGUUCCAAAUGUGUUCCAGUGUGUUCCAUUGCAUGGGAUAUAAUGAUGCUAAAAAUGAUUGUUUUUCUGAAAUUCAAAAUAACUGGGAGUACAGUCAUCUGUCAGUAUCCGUGGGGGAUUGGUUCCAGGAUCCCCCCACCCCUUCGAGAUACCAAAAUCUAUGGAUGUUCAAGUCCCUUAUAUAAAAUGGUGUAUUUGCAUAUAACCUCUGCACAUCCUUCUGUAUACUUUAAGUCAUCUCUAGAUUAGUUGUAAUACCUAAUACAAUGUAAAUACUAUGUAAAUAGUUGUACAUACAAUGUAAAUACUAAGUAUAUAGUUGCCAGGUGUGUGGCAAAUUCAAGUUUUGCUUUUUGGAACUUUCUGGAGGUUCCCCCUCCCCCCAAAUAUUGUCAAUCCAUGAUUGGUUGAAUCUGUGGAUGUGAAAUCCACAGAUAGGAGUGCCAACUAUAUUGUAUUUUUUAAAUUAAAGGUUUUAUUUUGAGAUAAUUGUAAAUUCACAUGCAGUUUCCUGAAAUAAUGCAGAACUGUCCUGUACCCUUUACCCAGUUUCCCCCAAUGGUAACAUCUUGCAAAACUUUACUGUGCUGUCACCACCGGGAUAUUGACAUUGAUGCGAUCAAGAUACAGAGCAAUUCCAUCUACCACAGCUGUGUUCCUCCUGUUGACCUUUCACAGCCACGCCUGCUCCUCCUUCCCCACCGCACCAAACCCUUGGCAACCACUAAUCUGUUCUCCAUUUCUAAAUUUUGUCGUUUUGAGAAUGUUUUGUAAGUGGAAUUGUACAGUAUACAGCCUUAGAGAUUGUUUUUUUUUUUUUUUUCACUUAGCGUAAUUCUCUUGACACUCAUCCAAGUUGUUUCCUGUAUCAGUAGUUCCUUUUUAUUGCUAAGUAGUGGUCUGUGAUAUGGACGUAAUGCAGUGUGUUCAGCCAUUCCCCUGCUGACAGACAUCUGGGUUGUUUCUAAUUUGGGGCUGUUAUGAAUAAAGCUGCUAUUAUGUACAUUCAUGUA